AUGCAGGAUGGACUCUCGGCCGCCAUCUCUGAAGCCUUGGAGCCGGUGCAGCACCUGGAGAAGGACUGGGACCGCUCCAAGCUCACGAAGCGCAUCCGUGACUACUUCCGCAAGGCUGGCAAAUCGCUGGACUUCCGCGAGAAGUCUUGGCUGGUGCUGGUAAACGAGUAUGCGGAUUCCGUGUUCUCGUCGAUCUUCCAGGCCAUCGGCGACAGGCCCUGGCUUGAUCAGGUGGACUUCAUCCUGGUGCUGGAUGCCGGCAUCAAGGAAUUCUUCCCUGGCCACGUCACGCGCGACGUGCCUUCGGAGGAGUUCCAGCAGGGUGUGCUGGCGGCCCACGACCGCGCCUUUGAGAUCUGGGCGGCCACAGAGCACCUGGGCAUCACGGGCAAGGAGGGGCCCCGCACUGGACAGAGCGAUGAGUUCAUCGACAUGUCCACAAUGUGA